CUGAUUUUAUUAGUGAUACAUAUCGCUACAGUUAUUAUUGACAUAGCUAACGCUUUGGGUGUGUUUAUAUUCCGAUUGACUUUUUCAGUUAUAUUACAAUGAGUGAUAAAACUAAUAGUUCGAUAUUAGAUGUUGAAAAUAUGAGUGACGAAAAAGAAGAUUCAAAAGUCGACUCCAAAAUCGAUUGGAAGGGAGAGGAAUUUCAAAGAUUAAUUGAAAAGCUGACACCAGAGGACGACGAUGAUGAUAACGAUGGUGAUGGAGAACGUGAAUCGAUUGUUCGCGAGAGCCGUAAUGACAAAGAAAAAGCAGGUGGAUCGAGUAGCGGUGAGAGCCGUGAUGAUAAGUUGGAAAGUGAUGAUGAAGAAUCGGAAAGUAAAGACGACAAUCCCAAUUGUCCUGUUGCAUCCAGUAGUUCUGGACCCGGUUUGAAACCCGAUGAUAAGAGGUUUGAGACCCGGGCGAGUGAAGAAGAAAAAAGAGAAUACUAUCAAAAUAAAAUCAGUCAAAUCGAAUCUAGCGCUGAUGAGGACGAUGAUGAUCAAUGGGAAGACAUUGAUGACGAAGAUAAUGUGGAUAUGUCACAACACAUCAUAGACGCUUUGAAAUAUUAUGGCUUGCUUGGGAGCCGUGAUGAUAACGAAUCGAAAAGUAAAGACGACAAUCCCAAUUGUCCCGUUGCAUCCGGUAGUUCUGAACCCAGUUUGAAACCCGAUGAUAAGAGGUUUGAGACCCAGGCGAGUGAAGAAGAAAAAAGAGAAUACUAUCAAAAUAAAAUCAGUCAAAUUGAAUCUAGCGCUGAUGAGGACGAUGAUGCUCAAUGGGAAGACAUUAAUGACGAAGAUAAUGUGGAUAUGUCACAACACAUCAUAGACGCUUUGAAAUAUUAUGGCUUGCUUGGGAGCCGUGAUGAUGACGAAUCGAAAAGUAAAGACGACACUCCUGAUUGUCCCGUUGCAUCCGGUAAUUCUGGACCCGUUUUGAAACCCGAUGAUAAGAGGUUUGAGACCCGGGCGAGUGAAGAAGAAAAAAGAGAAUACUAUCAAAAUAAAAUCAGUCAAAUCGAAUCUAGCGCUGAUGAGGACGAUGAUGAUCAAUGGGAAGACAUUGAAGACGAAAAUAAUGUGGAUAUGUCACAACUCAUCAAAGAUGCUAUGAAAUAUUAUGGCUCGAUUAAGCGCAACGAAAAUGAUCCGGAAGAAGUCAAAAGGCUUGAAAGGCUUAGCGAUUUUGAUAACCCUAGUGAAGAGGCGAAGCAUUCGAUUGCUACCGAAUUCUGCCUGCGCGAUGAAUUUUCUCCUUUAAGAGAAGCAUUGAGGUUGGGCAAAAAAGCCAGAAAAAAUGAUGUAAAGUGCUUGAAAAUUCGGAAGGAUCUCAUUAAAAAAGGCGUUCCAGAAUAUUCACUUCCUCCGAAAACAUAUUUACAAAAAAAAUACAAAAAAAAAAGUAAAUAUUAAUUUUUAAAUUUUAAAUUUUGGUACAUAAUGAAAUAGAUAUGUAAAUAGAUAGCAAUUUAUGACCUUUUUUUAUGUGUAAGAAAAUUUCUUGUAAUUCUUUGUAAUACAUUUUUUACUAAAAUUAA